CCUGCCCGUGAGAGGCAGAGAUGGCAGCUCACUGCUGCAGCAGCAGGGAGACUUGCUCCUGCAGGGCUUUGUCCUCUAGGAGGAGCCUGGCUUGAGCAGCACCAUCAGGGCUGUCACUAGGCCACUUCUACCACAGCUGUGUGCUACUCUAUCAAAAAUGAACAGACUUGGCUUCAUUGCUUUCCCCCGAGGUGCCCUCUGGGAGUGGAACCCCAGGGCACCCUCGUUCAGCCAGGACGGGUGCUGCCAGGCCUUUGCCAGGAGGUGGCUGGAGAGCACAGAUUUGGAAGCAGGUCCUCUGCCACCUCAGUGGUGCCUCCCGACCGCGAAGUUACCCAAGUGCCCACCAACAGGAGAGUGUUAGGGACCCUCAUCACCGCCCUUAAGGGGCCUCUCUGUGGACCUUAAAAAGACUCCGGUUUAGACCUGUGGAAGAGCUCGUGGUGUGGAUGGCUGGCGAGAAGACAGGCGAAGGAACAGUGGACAGGGCCCACUUCACUUCCGACCUCUGUCUGUACUAAAUGAGGGACAUGUUCUUGACAGACCAACAUCAAAGGCUGGACGUGGACAACCACGUCCAGCGGCCUUAGAGGUGAUUUCAGUUUCACUUUUUGAUCAUCUGCUUUUCAAAUAAGUUUCUGUGGUUAGGAGUCAGACAUUGCUCGUACAAAAAACAAUCAUUUUUCAAUAAUAAGGAAUAAACUUUGCAUUUCUAGAAAUACCACUUCCACAUAAAGCCAUCCUUCAUUACUGGACCAGAUACAAGGCAUUUCUCUUAUCAACACCUGGAGUGAACACACAACUUCGAGGGACCCCUUCGUCACAGUGUAUGCCUACUGACCCCUUCUUUGAUGGAGUGUGAUACUACUGUGUAAUUAUCACCACUUGAAAAAUAAAGCUGACUUUUGCUAAAAGUGCUUGUAUUGCCUUAAGUGUUCCCUUUUCUCUCUGUUGUUGCCAUUGGUCCUCAGCUGGGACAAUGUGUACAUGAUGUGCACACGACACACGUCUGGUACCUACGACAGGCAUGGCAGAGCACAGGUGGCACCGUGUUGUAGCCACGUCACACAUCCUAUGCCUCAGAUCCUGACUUCCACUGCGUUCUGCUGAGGGCUGCGGCAGGGUGGACACUGUCCUGUGGGGUUGCUGGUCACUCUGGUUUGUUCUCCUUCAUUAAAGAUGGCGGAUUGACGGGGGGAUUAUCACAGUGCAGGGCAGCUCUGUGUCCUUUGGCUUCUUUUCCCAUUGUUCUUUGUUGUAUUUUGACAGUAGUUGUGUCAAGUAUCUAUCACCAAAUUGAACUGAAAAACUCUUGAACAGUGCUUCUACUUUGAGUUCUUGGGAGGAGGAAGAAGAUGACAAGAACAUUAGUUUUUUUUCCCUUAUGGUAUCAAUGAAUAUGGACUGAGUUCCUACAUUAUAGGUGCUGGGGAUUUGGUCGUGAAAUGAAGUCUUAACAUGAGGGUUCCAUGCUCCGGCCAGGAGAGAGCAACAAUACCCAGCACAGUGCAUGUGGCAGGCAGCUGUGACCAGCACUGUGGAUGACCACAGGCAGGUGACUGCAGGGACAGAGCUGCUGUGCUACCGGGACCGAGGGGGGCCAGCUUCUCAUCAGUCAACCUUUGACGGAUUUGUUUCCACAGUCAGCUCUGCUACUGUGUUCAGACGUCCAAUGCCACCCGCCCUUUAAUCCAUGCACUCCCAGACCCCUGGUUCUGGUAAGAGCUAUUGGCCAGAGGUACUAAAACUAAAGAUCAAACAUAAAGGAUUUAAUGGUGUUUUUCAUUAUGUUCUACUAGAAAAGAAUACUGAUUUUUUUCUAUAAAGAUUAAAAUUCAAUUUUUUUUUUUAGCUAAUUUGACAAGUUGGCAAUCGAGCUACUCCGUGGGCUUGUAUUCUGCGGUGAGCAGGUCAGGUCUUGCGACUGAUCCUCCCAUGGGGGGGAUGGACGGGUCUUCCAGGCUGGGGUUCAGGGCCCUGCGCCACACAUGCUGCUUCAGACGUGGAGCAGGGGACCCGAGCUCGUCCGGCCCCUGACCAUCAGUCCUGGCUACCCACAGAACCCACCCAGCCUCUGAGGACAGCCACGCAGCACUCCCUGGUCACAGGAUCUUGCAGCCUUCCCAGUGACGAGUCUGCGUUUGAGUGUCGUGUCUUCAUCACAAGCACCUGGGACGAGGCACAAUUGCCCGUUCUUCUCCUAUUCUAUCUUGUUUUAAGUGGUUUCUGAAUAAGACCAGACGUUUUUUUGAAACCAUUAGAAAAACAAGCGGUCCACUUGCACAUUACCUGGUAUUGGGAGAUAAGCAGAAGCAGAAAAGAAUCAUGAAGAAAAGUACCCCAGAGAGAAGAUUGGUCCCCCAGCUGGGGACUGCCCCUGGAAAAUGUACACUCCAGGUGGCUUUCUGUGCUGUACCAGGCUCCGCCUACCCCUGUGUUGAGUUCACUGUGCAAAGCUCUCCAGUUCCUCUCACUCCGGGGCAGGCCCUAGGGUGCACACCCCUGCACUUAGCACCCACGGCUUCCCACCUGCACUUUUAGGAUCACCCUCCUAAACUAGGGUCUGAAAUGUGUCUCUGGGAGAAGUCCUCCAUGGAAAGGGUUCUGUGGUCAGCGAAGUUCAGGAAAUGUGGGGUCAGCUCCUGUGGCCGACUUCUCAGAGCCUCCAGCAGGCUAUCCUACCACGCGAUCCCGAUACCUGUAGUUUCCACAAUUAAUGAGAAAAGAAGCGUCCCCACUGCGUUUUUGGAGAGGCUCCAGGCCCACCCUGCCCACUGAUGGGACCACAGAACAGCUUCUCUGUGCACUUCCUGAGGCACCUGUUGUGCUUUGGGGCUGUUUGGUCUAUCAUCGGUGUCGUACCAAGCCCGAGGUCAAUGCCUGAGAAAGGGGCAUGUCUUGCUCCUCCCUUGACCAUCCGGGGCUCCCAGACACUCAAAGUUUCACUUCAAGUAACAGAUGAGGCUGUGCAGCGCGGCUCACACUGCAGGGAAGUCUAAAACACAUCCCUCUCCCAGCACGAGUCAUGCGUUGUUUUUAAAAUUCUUCCUGUUUCUAAGACAGCGCCUUACCCAGCGCACCGUCCACUCGCUCACAUAUCACGUGCUGCUCUCUCACACUCUUCUUUGCCUUUUCAUUAACCUGAACUUGAAGGUAAAAAUUUACCUACAAACUACCCAACUUCCUUCCUUGCAUCCUGUCUACCUGACAGUCUGUGGUUUGAUUGACAGGGUGAAAGAGAAAGAGCAUGGUGUAAGCGGGGUUCUUGUCCUGGCUUUCCAGGGCUGCUUCUUGGACAAGGCACCCACGUAACACCCAAGGGACACACUGUGGCAGAGCCCUGAGUAAGAGAGGGGUGUCCUAUUCACCGCGGCUGGACGAACCUCCUCCUGAAUGUCAGAGCCACAGGACAUGCUCGCAGAGAUCCCUGCUAGACCCGAGGAGAGAAAGGAGCGGUCCAGGGGUUCCCCUAACCCGGGCUGAGGUUCUGCUGGACAGGCAGCCUGGAGGUUUGCAAGCAGGGUCUGCCACCCCUGCUGGAAGCCACCCCAAGGGCCGUCACUUCAUGUGUGACUGGCCUUGCUCUUGUUGGAAACUUACGAGAAAAAACUUGUGAUGAAAAUUCUUUCAGAAAGGAAAAAAGAAAGGGGCACACAGUCCAGUGAAACGGAAUUCAUGGGAAACUCAUAAACAUGAUCAGCUUCCCUGGUUAAAAUGACCGAUGACACCCAGCACUGUUAAGGACCAGGGAGAAGGGGCCUUUCAUACAGUAGUAGUGGCAGGGUCAAUCAGGUCCGGUUUGCUUCAGCCACAGCCGGUUUCAUGCCGUAUGCAGCCAUACCCAGAGUUGACUUUCAGUUGACAAAUCUCUCUUUGAAUGCAGGAGUAGUGGCCAUUGAGAGCUGCCUUGUGUGGCCUCAGUCUGCCAGCCAGCCUUGCCCUAACCUUGGAAAGAAAGCUGUAUGUCUGCAAGGAAGAGACCAUCUUGAGUCAAGCCCAGGGAGGGGACGUAGGCUGAAGAGAUAAAUGGAGAAGUACAAAGAGUUCAGGGAAAUGUGUGUGACCAUUGCUGUGUGGGCUGCCAGGCACGCCACAGUGGCUUGGCCUUGGAGCCUGGCAGCCCUGGCUUUGAGAGUGGUGUCCUAUUCCUGUGGUGUCCAGCUCUGUCUCCGCCCAGCCUGUGUGAGCGGGCCACUCACCUCUUCAAGCUCCGCGUUCUCGUGUGUAAAAUGGAGGUGAGGAUCCAGUCAGUUCAUGGUGCUGCACAUGCCCAGUGAAUCUGCACCGCCGCGUGGUCGGCCGACUGACCUGCGAAGGCCCAUUGACCCGGAGAGGUGUUGGGAGGACAGUUCACCGCAGUGGUUAAGUUUGGAUUUGGGUGAAAACUACUUUAAAAACACUUUUCUAUAGUGUCUAGAUUUCUUUAUCUCACUUUAUCUUGAUCAGCACUGAAUCAGAAGAGUACAGUGUUGUAUUCUUUUAACCUUUUAAUCUUGGGGGGAAACUAGGCACAAUUUAAGAGACAUCGUACUUACACGGCAUGUUUCAAAGAAAGUCAUGACCACAGGGAUCUUUCUUUUGCUUUUAAUCUUUACAUUGAAGUUGAAGGCCACGCUCAGAUGACCAUGGGCAACGGCUGUGGUGGGGGUCGGAGGUCCCCAGCGCCUAUUAGCCCUGCUCCAGGCACAGGCGUGGCCUGUAUUUCCCAGGAGCAACCCCACCCACUCCUCUCCCCAACCCGGGCUUCUGGACAGGUCCAGGUAACUGUUCCUCACUAACACAAUGUGGCCACAAGCAGGUGCCACCUCUGGGUGGUUGACAGUAGGUGUCACUUCUCCAGGCUCAGGCUCUCUCAGGCCGUGGCCUGUGGCUUCCUGGCCACCCUGGGAGGACAGUCCCCAAGACAUGGUGUUCAGGAAUGCCUGCCUGAUCGCAGGGGUACAGCUAGGCAUUCCUCACGUUUACCCAGCAGCCUAUUAAUCCAAAUAACCAAAUCGCACCUUGCACGGUGGCCAGUCUACCCUCACCUGAACGCUGCGACGUCCAGAAGCACUUCCGUCUACGAGUGGCUCUGGGUACACCUGUGGGGUGGAUGUGCGGAUCCUCACACGGUGCAGAAGCUCAGCUUUAUGUGACAACGCCUGAUUGCUCUCAGUGUGUCCUGCUGCUUCCUGCGGCCCUAGAAACCCACGUUGCUCCAUGUUUUGCCGUCGCAGAACUGAUCUCAGAGUUAUCAAGGUUGGCCAUUUGAAUGGAAGGGAACUGGGGUCUCACUGUGGUCUGAUUCUUUUUUCAUGACCACCAGUGAGUUGGAGAAAGGUGAGGAAGGGGGCUUGCUGGCCGCAGCUCAGCCACCGGCUGUCUUUGCUGAGUCUGAGCGGGGCCAUGGGGCACAGACACACCCAGCCAUGGAACAGAGGGGUCUGAAGCACACGUGUACUUGGCUGUGUGCCAGGCGGUGUGGGGAGGGGACCACUCCAAACCAGAGGAAGAAAACGCUGUCGUGUAGAGAAAAAUCGCCUCGGGACCCCGUCUUAGGUGACAUGCAUGAAAUUAACACCAGUGGGGCUGAAGAUGCAAACGCCAAAUGCAAGAAUUUAAACCCUUUUGUCAGAAAAGAGGUAAACUCUCUGCCCUUGGGGAAGAAGAAUGUGGGAAGGCACCACGGCACUAACCACAGACAAACCGCAAAACACUGGACCACGUUAGAAUUAGGGGGCUUUGUUCCUCGGGUUUUUGUCCCAUAGAGGUAGUGAAAAGACCCACCCGUGAGGACCGAGAGACGUGUUCCCAACACCUGUGAGGGGCACCUGGCAGGAAGAAGGAUGACGAAUGCUUACACCCAGCAAGAGGAAGAGAAUUCCUAACAGAAAAUCCGAGAAAUCCAGGAUACAGGUUCCACAGGAGAGGAGAUCCGUACGUGGACCACAGGCUGAUGGGAGGGAAUCAACACCUUCAGAGCAGGAGGGAGGGCCUCUUGCUUCUGUCCUGCACCCUGCCGUCUCCUUCCCUCCACAGCCAGCGCUCUCCUCAGCACCCAGUCAUACUGCUCUGCAGGUGUGAGAGCUCGCUCUGCGUGUGCAUGGCGCACUCACACUCCUGCGCUGGCUCAGUCAUGCGCACUAGGAUCAUCUGGCAUCUGAAUUGAGCGGCUCCUUUGGGCCAGCCAGGAAGGCUGGUACCGGGCUCUAAGAAGACAGCAAUGACCAGACGAAGAACUCACGGAGGAGGUGGGCAGUGAAGGGGCCAACAAGUAAAUGUCAUUACAUCAGAAGGUGCCAGGUGCUGUGGGUGAAAAUGAAGCAGGAGAGAGACCUGGGGAAGCCCAAGACCUGGUGGAUCCAGGGAGGGGCCAGGCUGCGUGUGAGGAAGCCACAUACCAGGCCCCAGUGGAGCCAGGGGGUAGGGGUGGCAGGAGAUGGCCUGAGGUGGACAGGAGAGGCCAGCCUGGGCCAGGGAGGCCCAUGGCAUGCCUAAGCCCUUGUGACGACUCUGGAUGUGACUCACAAAGGUGGACGACCACUGGGGGACGCUCUGGAGAGGGGGGACGCUCUGGAGAGGAGCCACGUGGUGUGGCUGGCGAUUUGAUAGGAUUCUGCGGCAGGUGUGGGACAUGGAUCCAGAUCCACUGACCCAGGGGAGAGGUGGCGCUGGCUUGGGGGACCAUGGGGUGGACAGUGGGAAGAGUUCAGAUCCUCUUAGAAACAGAGAAGCCUCAGGAUGUUCUGACCCAUCCGGGCAGCGUCCAGGAGGAGGAGGGGAGAAGCAGAUGAGGGGUUCUGGGGCACCUCCAGGUGCCGUCCUUUCUGGGUUCUGUGCUGUUGCCCUGUGGGUGACUGUUCUUCUGCAGCAGAGGCAGGACCCCAUCUUUUGACAAAGUGAGAAUUUACCCUGAGGGUUUAAGAAACUCCAUUUCAAUGGGCUAAAUGAAAACAGCCUUUGGUCAGACUUUCAUCAAAAACUGGAGAAAGCCAAGGCACUAUCUCCUCCUCUUAUGUUUCUGUUUUUAUUGCUUAUUUUAUUUACCUUUUAAAUGGGCGGAAAACACUGCAGGCAUUUAGUGGACACAACAUGAUGUUUUGAAACACAUAUAGUGUCCCCAGUGGAGUGACUGAAUCUAACACGCACACCUCACAGCUGUUUCUGUGGUGGAGACGCUCAGCGUAUUUUAAGAAUACGACGUAUCAGUAGCUAUAGUCACCAUCUUGUACCAAAGAUCUCUUGAGCUUAUUUCUUCAUCUAACUGAAACUCUGUGUCCUCUGACUAACAUCACCACCAUCGCAUCCCCAGCCCCAGGGGACCACCAUUCUGCUCUCGGCUGCUGUGAGAUCGACUUUUACGUCUUCCCACCACGAGGUUCUGAGCCUGGCGCAUGGCGGAAGCCCCCUCACCACAGGAAGUGCCUCGCGCUGACCAUGGAGGGAUAAAAGAGGCCGGCGGGGAGCCGACCCUCAGUCUCCUGAACAGCUCCGCAAGACCCCAGCCAUGAGACUUCUCCUCCUGGCCCUGCUGGGCAUCUGCUGUCUCUCUGCAUGCACUGUGUACGGUGUGGGCAGUGAAGUCCCUGAGAAGAGCGUCUGUGUGAGCCUGUCCACGCAGCGGCUGCCCAUCAACAGGAUCAGGACCUACACCAUCAAGGAGGGCUCCGUGAAGGCCGUGAUUUUUAUCACCAGACGUGGCCUGAAAGUAUGUGCUAAUCCAGAAGCCGAGUGGGUGAAGUCAGCGGUCAAAAGCGUGGACAGCAGGUCCACCACCAAAAGGAGCAAGCUCCAGAGCAGCCCCCCCACGGUCCAGCCCACCACCACAUCCGGGACCCUGUCCAGGUAGUGCCUCCCGGCUGCCGCCAAGCUCCCGGUUCAAGCUCAUGGACUGACUAAUUAGGCUCCGCUCACCUUGUACGCAAGUGCUGCUUGAAUAAAACCGUUUCCCUGGGUUUCUAUCUUCAUGACUUUUGUAUCCAUUCACCUUCUGUAAUUAAUAAAUAUUUAUU